AUGCCUCGCGCUCCAGGUUCGGGUAAGCGACAGCAAGGCGCCGCCAGUCAUCGCGAUAAUCGCCAUGAGAAUGGGCUUGUAGGCCCUGCCAAGCGUUUAUCCGACAAGAAGGGCUCAGGGCAGCUUGACAACUCUGUCCGUCGACCUGACCAAGGCGCUGCCGGCGCCCCUGGACAGUCGACGCCUGUUAACGGUCACGCCAACAGCCCUUACAAGCAGUGUGUAUAUGAUGCCUCAAACGAAACCCGCAACGACGACCGCCGCUCCUCUCUUGACGCCGUUUCCGAAAUGUCGUCCGAUUCGUCCAAUGCCAACGGCCUCAGUGGUGUCGACGCUAGCCAUCGCCAGAUCGAUGUCAAUGCCAUGAAGAAUGCCGAUGUCCAUCGUGACUCGGGUGUAUUCGACCUCGCAACCACUGUUCUCAAGUCUCUCCCCAUGCAGGACACGCUCGCCAUCCUCAUCAUCCUUAUGCAUGUUCCAUCGCUCUCACUUACCGUUAUUUACACCAUCUUCACGUUCCUUACCUUUGUUCCUCCCGUUGCCACAAGCUCGGGUAUGAGCAUCAACCUCGCCGAAAUUUUUGACGGUAAUUCGACCAUGCCUUCCCUUGUGACUGUCCUGUGUGUGGAUUUCUUCUUCCUCUUGAUAUGGCUCUUUCUGUGGGGUCCGAUUCAGGAUGCUAUUCUGGAUUUUGCCAAACCGGUCAUUGCUAUUACUCUUGGAGGAGGAACGAGCACAAGAGACGGAACUUCGAGAGGCCUCACCACAUGCUUCCUUUGGGUGUUAGGCCACCACUUGCUCAAAGGAACUAAAACUCACUGGGGUCGUGUGGCUCGGCAUAUACCAGAACACUGGCGAAUGCCUCAUGUUUUCAGCAAUCAACUCGAAUCAGCUUCCAGCGCAUACGACAAAAUGUCUGCAUAUGGUUGGGUUAGGAGUGUCCUCGCCAUUCACAUUUUGACUCAGGGGAUUGUAAGAUAUAUCAGGGAGUGGUAUCUGAGACGUGAAAAGGCCAAUGCUUCAGUCGGCGCCAGCGAUCCCGAGGCCGGAAAGCCACCAAGCGUGGCUGGCGAUACGGCCAAUGAAGGAGGGUUCGCGACGCCUGACACUGAAGCAGGCUUGUCAACAGCAUCCACAGUACCUACAAGCAAAAAGAGAAGAAAGCAAAGCACUCAAGUUCGUCUACAGCAACCACUAUGGGCGGCAUUGGCAAGCACCAAGAUUGUCGUGGUGAAGGAGUAUGAGCUAUCCCAUGCAGCUUCAGAGUCUGCUGGGACUAAUGCCACCGACAUCCACAAUCUGGGUAAUGCUCCGUUCAAUAAUCAACCCAACCAAAUUUGGAUUUCCUACAUUGGUAGCGAUGAAGUAUGUUUUAACACCAGCUAUUUCCCCGAAAUCGACGACGAUGAGCCGCGCUCGGUUGAAUCCUCAGGAGAAGAUUCGAGACCCUCAAAUAUCGAUACCACAAAGCCUUUCUACGUCAGAGUCAACAACGCAGUCUGGCAACCUACACGCAUGUUUCCUAUCGAGGAGCCUUCCGAUGAGUCUCAUGAAGGUGUGCGAUGGACUGGCGAUAUCUAUGGACUCAGACCUGCAUCCAAAUAUGUCUGUGAAUUCGUCGAUAGCCAGACUGACGCGGUCUUGUUUUCAACCAGCAUAAGAACUAUCCAGGCCACUCAACGCGAGGCGGACGGUGUUCCGCCUCCUGUCACUAAUGGACAGCGCUCUCUUCACCCGGAUUCUCCUGCCGCAACUCUCAGGACGUCGAUUGCUGCCGUCGAAGCCAAGCUCAGUGAGGAGAAGUCUCGCCUCAAGACUCUGAGGAAGGAGUACAAGAACCGCGCCAAUGCUCUGCGAAAGGACAAUGAGUUGACAGACAAUCAACUCGCUUCUGCUGGAAACCACGAUGAAAAGUACAGACAGAAAAUCCGUCAGCAAGAGACCCAGAAAGCCCAGGCCGAGCGCGAGACCCAGCAACUUACUGAGCAACUCAAGAACUUUGAUACUGCACCCGAACUGGGCGAACGCAAGAAGAAGGUCGAGAAGCAGUAUAGCAGCGAGAAAAAGGUUUUCGAGACGGCACAGAAGGCGUACAAGGAUCACAAAGCGGGACUGGAGAAGGAAAUCAAGGCCAAGGAAGUCGAGAAGUCGAACCUCAACACUCGCCGUAACAAGGUGGCCACACGUAUUGCCAAGGUUGAGAAUGAGCUUGCCAAUAUCACCGAUGCUAACAACCGUGGCCUGGACGAGGCAGAGCGACGAAACCAAGAGCGUUCAGUUUGGCAGGGUCAUGUCGCUGGUAUUGAAGGCAACUACAACGAGCGACUUGCCCAUGUUCGUGCUAACAAUGCCAACAAGAGUGAGGAGAUUCACCACUUGCAAAUGCAAUUGCAGGGCUUCCACGAGUACUUGAACUCUUCUUCCAAUGGCAUGUCCUACGACAUGAUGCCACCUCUUGACGCUGGUCAUCCUCUUGGUCCGGCUUUCCAGCCUGCGGCUUCAAGCACUUGGAACCCUGAUCCCACAGCUCCUCCUCAUUACCCAACUGGUCUCUGGUCCACCUCUGAGAACAUCCUUCCUUCGGCGUCGGCUCCAACGCUUCCAUCCAUGUCCCCUUGGCAGCCUCCCCCAACCGCACCUCCGUUCGAACCUCGCAUGACUCGCUCCCGAGGACGUAGCUCUAGCAUGCUUAGCAAUGUUAGCGGCUUCACACAAUCCAGCGGUGAGGACUACGCAUCGCCUGCCAUGGAUCCUCAUCGGGUCAGGCACAUCUGGGCAAGUCGCGCCAGGGCAAGCGGUGGCGGUAGCAGCAGCGGCAGCAACGGUGAUCCGACAAGCCCCAGGUGA